UCUUCCACAUGUAAACGACUUGAACUCCAUUUCAUCUUUUUUCAUACCAUCUCCAAGAUUUCAGCAGCUUUCACACUUGCUUGUUAAACUGAAAGCAUGUUUCUUGCAAAUGCUCUAUUGGAAGGAGCAGAUCGAGGUCUUGGAGAAGCUCUUGGAGGCCUCUUUGGAGGAGGUGGGCAGAGAAGAGGAGGAGGAGGAGGAGGAAAUAUUGGAGGGAUAGUUGGAGGAAUUGUGAAUUUUAUCAGUGAGGCUGCAGCAGCUCAGUAUACUCCAGAACCACCUCCUCCUACUCAGCAGCAUUUCACCAAUGUGGAAGCCUCAGAAAGUGAGGAAGUUAGGCGAUUUCGGCAGCAAUUUGCACAGCUGGCUGGACCAGACAUGGAGGUGGGUGCCACUGACCUGAUGAAUAUUCUCAACAAAGUCCUUUCUAAGCACAAGGAUCUGAAGACCGAUGGUUUUAAUCUUGACACUUGCCGGAGCAUUGUGGCUGUCAUGGACAGUGACACAACUGGGAAGCUGGGCUUUGAAGAAUUUAAGUAUCUGUGGAACAACAUCAAGAAAUGGCAGUGUGUUUAUAAGCAGUAUGACAGGGAUCAUUCUGGGUCGCUGGGAAGUUCUCAGCUGCGGGGAGCUCUGCAGGCAGCAGGCUUUAAGCUAAAUGAACAACUUUACCAAAUGAUUGUCCGCCGGUAUGCUAAUGAGGAUGGAGAUAUGGAUUUUAACAAUUUCAUCAGCUGUUUGGUCCGCCUGGAUGCCAUGUUUCGUGCCUUCAAGUCUCUGGAUAGAGAUACAGAUGGUCUGAUUCAAGUGUCUCUCAAAGAAUGGCUGCAGUUAACCAUGUAUUCCUGAAGUGGGCAGUGAAAAGUCAAGACCCUCCCUGGUGGACUGAAAGCCUUGCCAUGCUGUACACAGUUGCUGAUACCCUGUGCAACAGCUGUCAUUUCCCAGCGAGCUCUUUCACAAUCCUACAUAUUUCUGAUCAUGUGCUGCCUUUUACUGCUGAAUUAAAACAGAUAUUUCAUGAAAAA